CCCGGCGCGCGGUGAUGACGUCAGGAGGCGGUGCCGCGCCGCGGCCGGAGCGGGCCGAGAUUGGAUGAAGACUGAACUUCUUCCAGGUGUUCCUUUAAAACAUUUCAUAUUUCUCCACUUGCUUCUCCCAGUGGAAGACCGGCUGGGGUUCCUUUUCUGCUGUUCAUGCUGAGCAGUUGCUUGGAGGAGUGGUGUGUGAGUGGAGAUACACCUGGUGAUGAUUCAAAUGUGGGAAUCACCCCGGAUGUGGUUGCUGCUGGUGCUUCCCUGGGAACAUGCCUUGAUAGGGAAUUAACACCAGUCAGUGAUGGGCUGUGGGACAAGCAAAGUGCUUCCCGAGCCCCCCAAAGAUGUGCAGCUAGACCUGGUUAAAAAAGUCGAACCUUACACGGGCCACAGUGACAUAUACAAGCAUUUCAUCAAAGAUGACUGUGGGGCUGUCAUCAAAGCUGGCUCUCCCUCUCCUCCUCAUUACACCAACCCCUAUCCCGGGAACCCCCUGCCCGCCCAGCAGCCCGAGCCCCGCAAGAACAAAGUGGCCAAGUACCGCGCCAAGUUCGACCCGCGAGUGACAGCCAAGUACGACAUUAAAGCGCUGAUCGGGAGGGGCAGCUUCAGCCGCGUGGUGCGGGUGGAGCACAAGGCCACCAAGCAGCCCUACGCCAUCAAGAUGAUCGAGACCAAGUACCGCGAGGGGCGGGAGGUGUGCGAGUCGGAGCUGAGCGUGCUGCGGCGCGUGCGCCACACCAACAUCAUCCAGCUCAUCGAGGUGUUCGAGACCCAGGACCGCGUGUACAUGGUCAUGGAGCUGGCCACCGGCGGAGAGCUCUUCGACCGCAUCAUCGCCAAGGGCUCCUUCACCGAGAGGGACGCCACGCGCGUGCUGCAGAUGGUGCUGGACGGGGUGAGGUACCUGCACACGCUGGGCAUCACCCACCGGGACUUGAAGCCGGAGAACUUGCUGUAUUACCACCCAGGAACGGACUCCAAGAUCAUGAUCACGGACUUCGGGCUGGCGAGCGCGCGGAAGAAGGGAGAUGACUGCCUGAUGAAAACCACGUGUGGCACCCCGGAGUACAUUGCUCCUGAGAUCCUGGUCAGGAAGCCCUACACGAACUCUGUGGACAUGUGGGCUCUAGGGGUGAUCUCGUACAUUCUCCUCAGCGGCACCAUGCCCUUCGAGGACGACAACCGCACCCGCCUGUACCGGCAGAUCCUGAAGGGAAAGUACAGUUACUCAGGAGAGCCCUGGCCCAGUGUGUCCAACCUGGCCAAGGAUUUCAUCGACCGCCUGCUCACGGUGGACCCCAGUGACAGGAUGACAGCCCUGCAGGCCCUGAAGCACCCGUGGGUGGUCAGCAUGGCAGCCUCCUCCUCCAUGAAGAACCUGCACCGUUCCAUCUCUCAAAACCUUCUCAAGAGGGCGUCCUCCCGCUGCCAGAGCACCAAGUCAGCACAGUCCACCCGCUCCAGCCGCUCCACCAAAUCCAACAAGUCGCGGCGCGUGCGGGAGCGGGAGCUGCGGGAGCUCAACCUGCGCUACCAGCAGCAGUACACGGGCUGAGCACCUGCCCUGCCAGAGGUCUCCUCUGUGCUGCAGGUGUGCACACACUCAGUGAGGAACAGCCAGGUUCCUCCCUCCCUCCCUCCCUCUGGGUGUUCCCCCCAUCCACGAGGAGGUGUCCCCCUCACCCCGAGUGGAGGGAAGGGAACCUUGUGGUGGCAGUCACACCCUGCGAGCUGUGCCACAAAUGGGGGAGUCCUUGUGGGCUCAGAGCCUCAAGGAAUGCACGAAUUAAGGAGCCACGUGGGGAGAAGAGCUCUUUCUGUAGCCCAGGAGCUUGGUUGUUCAUAGUUAUUUAUUAAUUCCAGAGCGUUUAGUCUCUCUCACUUGUGUAUGGAAAAAAGAAGAGAUCACUUGGUGUGUCUGUGCACGCACGUCUGUGUGUGCACGUACAUGUGUGGGGGUGUAUAUGUAUUUAAAAAUUAGAUAUACACAGAUUUUGAGCUGGUUUAGUCAGACUCCGUGGUGCCUUUGCAGCAAAGCUGGAAUGAGUCAUGUGCAGUUAGAAGUGGGAUAGCUCUGACUCACUGCUGUGCUGCCCACCAGCUCCUCCAAAGAGAUGCCAGACAGCAGUUUUCCACCAGGGCUGGGAAGCUGUGAGGUUUCCCCCAAGGGCUGCCAUCCUCUUGAUGACAUCAGGGGCUCACUUGCCUGAUGACAUCAAGGGUUUACCCCUGGAAUUGUCCUUUCCCUGUUUGCAGCAAGACCAGUGCCUGUCAUGCAGGGUUGGUUGUUCUUGUGGCUUUGUUGUGUCUCUGACGUGUUACACACCUUGCACCCUUCAGAAGAAGAUUGAGAAGGUUGAGCUUUUUUGUGCUUAGGGGAAAAAAGAGGGGGGAAGUUUUGGGGAUGUGCUUCCCACCCCAGAGCUGGGAUGGGCUAUAACCACUGUAAACACAGAGUUACCGACCAUGUCACUGCUCCAGAACUUUGGUGGUUCCAGGGUGCUUCCUGCCUGCAGAUUUAACAGGGCUCCUCUGCUUUGUGUGCCUGUGCUGCCCCAGCACUGCCAUCCCUGCUUUGGGAGUUGUUGGGGUGGCCACAAAUGGCUCCAUAGCAUCAGGGUAGGGGCUUGAGUAGUGGAAGCCCAGUCUGGGAGUGUUAGCAGUGACAAUACCCUGGAGACAUUGUACAAAAGCCCUAGAGCUGUGGAGGGUGACUUAAGUUCACCACGAAAAAGCUGCUUUUCAGUGUUCUUCUGCUGGGUGGAUGAUGAGGUGGCCUCUUAGGAAGGACUCUCAGGGGAGGUGGGGGCUGCAGAGCUGAGCUUUGUGCAAGCCUGCUGAGAUAUCUUCCCAACUAGUUAAAGCAGCAAAGUGGGGCUGAUGGCACAGGCACAGCAUGGAUUUGGCUUCUCAUGGUAGCAGAGACAAGAUCAGCAGUGAAGGAAAAUGCUGGGAUUUGAAACUUUUCUUAUGAAGGCACAGGAUUUGCUUUGUGCUGUGCACUUGGGAAGGGCUUGCUUGGCUCUGGGCUGGAGGUGCAGGCAGUCCAAGCUCAAGGGGCUGGUGAGCUUGGCCUUUUCCUAGGAUUGAUGCCUGUGCCACUGUGUUUCAGUGUCAGCAGUGCUGAAGUGGUCAGUCACAUCUCCAGGGAGCUCUCACAGUCACUCCUAGUCAGCAAACAGCACAGCAGCUUUAGUGAGAGCAGAUCUGAAUUUUCUGUGCUAAGGCAAAGAAAAGGGGGAUUUCUGGGAGUGUGCCUCCCACCCCAAAGGUGGGAUGGGCUGUAAAUACAUGUAACCAGCCUGUUGUGCCCAAGCAAGUGGUGGGGAAUACAGCAGAAGAAACUUGAGGACAGCCACUGUGUGUAGCAGGAGUGAAUUUGAAAUCCUUUGGUUUUGCAUGUUAUUUUGAAAAUCUUGCAUCCUUUGCAGGCUGCCCUUUCUCUGAGCAACCCAUCCUACCAUGUCACAUGCAGUCUUUCUUCCAUCAGCAUUAACAAAUACUGCAGAAUUACCCAAAUCUUUUCUUUCAACUCUGUGGACUGCAAACAAAAAUGUUUUCAGCAUCUUUUACCUCCUCAUGUUGUUUUUCCCUCAUUUGUUACCGUGAGCUAUAAACCAGAUGUGAUUUCUGAGAAAGCAGGCAGCUUUCCACAUUUUGCUUCAUGAACAGUUCAGUGUCCCUCAUGGUACUGCAAGCAGCUCUCCAAAAGCAGGAGCCCCUCUAAGGCCAGUAUCAAGUGGACUGUGGGGGCCCUGCAGGUCAGGUGGUGGCAGGAGGCUCCUUCUGGUUCUGAGCCAUUACUUGAAGAUGCUUUGGUGUGUUUGGAGCAUCACUGCAGGCACUGUGAUUGCUUUCACCUGCUGGCUGCUCCCAUGGCCCUCCCCAGAUUAUCCUGCAUGUCUGUCCAUAAAACAGGGAUUUUGCCUGUGUGGAAGGGUCAGACUGAUGAACUGAGCCAAGACCUCUAGAACUGAGACCCUUCCCCUUAACCACUAAACCAUUAAAAUGCGCAGGUGUCAUGCAGAUGUCUGCCCAUGCUGUUCCUUUAUCCUUCUCUUAUGGGAUGAGGAAUACACAAAGCUCUGGGCUAACCAGGCUUGUUUCUCCACCUUCCAAAGCAGAACAAGAAUCUUCUCAUCUGUGACAAUUUUUCCUUCAUUGAUCUUUUCCAUAACUGUUUUUUUCACCAGGAAAAGUUCAGAGCAAUUGUUUGUGGUUACUUUGGGCUGGAAUAUGUUUUGGGAAGUGGGAGGUUGCUGUGUAGGUUCCUGAUAGUGUCAGGUUUUGGUGGUGAUGCUCUGUGACUAGGGGUGAAUGGGCAGAAGGGAGGAUCCAUCACAUACAUGAAAAUACUGGACAGCUGCAACUGCCUCUCUGAGGUGUCUGUUUUCCUCAGGCACUCCACUCUUGGGAAUUGUGGGAUGAGCUUUGGCUUUUCCAAAAAAAAAAGAACUAAUUCUUUUCACAAAUGCAGUGUUUUCUUGUUUGCAUGGGAAAAAAUCAGUGUCAAGUUGGGAAAAAUAUUUACAGACUUACCUCCCAUCGUUCAGUUUUAACACUCUUGGCUCAUUCCCUCUUCUUUUUCUAAAUCCAGUAUUUGUAGGAGAUUUGCAGCCAGAAAGGAGAUGAGCACAGUUGUCCAAGUCACCCUGGAGUCCUUAGUGAUCUUUCACUCAGUCUGGAAAAUUAUGAUGGUCCAAAUGUCAUGUUGGAAGGUCCAGCCUAAGAAAAUUCCUCAGGUGCUUUUAUUCUUGCAAGUGGGACACGUUUUCAGUUGGUUCUGGUGUGGAGGGGGACAGGCAAAGAGCUGGAAUUCUGAGCCAUAGUCCAGGUGCCCUCAAUCUGUCCUCUAAGAAGCUCUUCACUGUGAAUUACCUUGAUAUCUGUCUUCAUUCCACAGGAGCAGCUCAGUGCUCAGUUGGUCUUAAAUCUCAGGAGUUUACACUUUUCAGGAGUGCCUUUUUUGGGGAUUUUAGAAACUGAAAUCUCUCUGAAAAGGUUUUCUCUGCUCUUUCAUUUAAUUUUUUAAAUGUCCUUCUUUGACUCUUAAUGGUGGUUCUUAAUUUGGCUCGCAGAGUGUUUCUUGGAAACCUUCCUCUGGUCCUGAAUGUGCAGGGAGGACAGAGGUAGCACCUCUGUUCCAGACUUCACUGAAUGCAGUCUCUGCGUUAGCUGGGGUGCAAAUCUGAGUGCUGCUGUUGUGCCUGCGUUGGUUCACGCAGGGGAAGUGGAGUUGGAAUGACACCUAGUGGCAAAUUGUGGUGUGUCCUUGGCCAAGCACAGCCCUCUCCUCUGUUUCUGGGCGAGAUGCUCUUUGAAGAAUAAAGGGAAUUAGGGUGGUUUGUCUUUUGGAACUUAGCAGUACUGUGUGAAACAAUCCCAUCCUUUUGUCCCGGGAGUUCGGCUCUCUUGAGAGAGAGAAUUACAGCUUCAAAGAAUGUGGCUUGUUGGUUCCUUGAUUUUUAUUAUUUUUGUUGAGGGUUAUUGGAAAAUAAUGUGAAAAAGUCUUCCAGAAAUUGCAUUAGGAGGUCUAAAGAUUCACAUCCAGGUUUUUGAGUGUGUAAUGUGUUUUCCUAAAACAGCAGUUAGGAGUCCAUAUUUGAUUUACUUCUCACUCAGGCUUCUAAAAAUCUUAACACAUCAACUCAGUGGGGAUAGAAACCGCCCUUCCUUCAAUCCUGGAGAAGUCUGUGCUAUUUAACACUGCAGUUGUGAUAGCAUCCAGAUGCUCCUGCCCUGUAUUGUUCUUGGAAGAACACAGCUGUAUGUGAAGGAAAGCUUGAGAGUCUUGUGAGGAGCUUGGGCUCAGACCUGCUGGCUUUGGUAGUGAUGUGGAAACCAGCUGCAGUGUAGGACCUGCUUCCUGUGUUUGUUCUGGACCUGAUAAACCCUCACACUCUUCUUUGGAAUCUGGGUACUUCCCUCUCUUAGGGCAGGUAUUUUCUGUUCUGGUAAUUUACACUGUUUCUGAGGCCCUGCUCCAUUUCUCAGUCCUGUUUUCUACCCGGGUGUUUGGCUGCAGUUCUAAGAGAGUAAACUUUUUUCUGAUGCACAAACUGGAAUAGGAAUGAUGGUUCACUUGGCUGCUGGGCAGCAGCUCUGGGUUUGGCUCUGCAGGAGCUGUGGUGAGUCCUGGGGCAAGGUAAAAACUUCUGUAUGGUGCCUUUGAGGACCUGCAAUGCAGGCUCAGCUCAGUCUCUCAGUCUUGUACCACAUAGGGCAACUGCUGUGUGGCUGUUACAGACUUCUAAUUAGACUGUGUGGGACCAUAUUUUUUUAAGUAAUGAUACUAAAGAUUUGGGGGGCUUAAGGUGGGAUAAAUUAAAAUCUCAGUUGUUUGACCUAAUUUAGUUUUCUAAAUUAUGCAAAGCAGCACCAGCAAUGGAAAACACUGGCUUCUUUGGCACCAGUGUGAGCCCUAGAAUUUACAGGGAGGGUGGUUGUGUCCAGGCCUCUCACCCACUCAGCAUUUUCCUGGAAGGUGCCCCAAAGUGCCUGUACCACUCAGUGCAUGUGCCCAGCCCCAAGUUGCCUUCACCACUCUUGGGAGGGUUUUGGUGCUUUUCUUGACCACUCAGUCUUCCUCUUCCACCCUGGAUUCAGCGUGCAGCACUCCAAGGCAGGUGCCUGCAUGUCAGCUGUGCCUUACUGUGCAGGAAACUUCCCAAAGAAAUAAAUGUGAACACCAGGGAUGUGAGGUGGCCAGCAGCAUCACGGAGCUCAGUGGGAGCUCUGCCUGGUGACAACUGUCCCUGCUCCCCCUGGUGACUCUGUAAAUCCCUCGUGUGUGCCAGGGCUGCCGAUGCAGAGGUCGCUGCGCUGUUUGUGUGCUCAGUGUGGAGCAGAUGCGCGGCCCCAGCGAGGUGUGUUCCAAACCAGCAGCUCCUGCACGGCUCCCAGAUGCCGUGAGCUUUCCUGUUGCCUUUCACUGCGGAAGGACACCUCCCGGGAAGGCCCUGGGAUUGGGGAUCUUCCGGCACUCGAUGUUAUUUUUGGUUGCCCGGUUUCCGGCACUGGGUUGGAACGGUUUGGAAGCGACUCCGGUCUCGUCCAGUCGGUCUCCUCACGGGACUGUCUUGAGAAGUGUCCCAUUCUGUGCCUUGCUUUUUGAGUCCUGGCUUUACUCUAAGGACUGUCCUGUCACAUGAGGUGGGACCCAUUGUAAUUAGUCUGUAAUGUUCAAGUUAGAAUGUACAGAAUUAUUUAUUUGGUGUACUCGGUCUGCUAAAACAUGUCCAUGUAUUCUGUGUA